AUGCGACUACUUGAACGAAUUCCAACGGUCCCAGGAACAAUUGGAUAUUCCAGCUCAAACGGAUAUAGGUGUAAGCAGAUGGAACCGCCACCGGACCCUGUUUUCAAGCUGAAUUUUGACGCGGCCAUAUUCUCGGACCUGAACGGGUCUGGGGUUGGUGUAAUAAUCCGGAAUUGCAAGGGGGAGGUAAUGGCAGCAAUGACUACAAAAGGUCCACUGGUUGGAGGUAGUGAAGAGGCAGAAAUCUUAGCUUGUCGAAGAGCGUUGGAGUUCGCCAUUGACGCUGGCUUUACAAACUUGAUUGUUGAAGGGGAUAAUGCUGCUGUAAUGUCUUCACUUUCAUCAUCUGGAGCUGAUCUGUCAUGGCUUGGGCAUAUUAUACAGGAUAUUCAAUGGUUGGCCAACGGGAUUAGUUGGGUUUGUUUUAGUCAUGUUAAGCGAGGUGCAAAUUUGGUGGCACAUGUAUUAGCCAGACAUGCGAAAGAUGUAACUGAAGAUAUAGUCUGGUUGGAGGAUACUCCCCCACCAGCUAUUGAGGCAUUGUACUAUGAUUCCUUACAUUUGAAUGAGUAA